AUGAGUUUUGGAUCAGAACUGAAGGAUCAAGUUACCUUUAUUAGUCAAUUCAUUCAAAGCGGUAUCCAAUUUUUAAAUGAAUUCCGAGAUUUCGUAAAGGAACGUGCCCAGAUAGAAAAAGAGUAUGCAAGCAAAAUUGAUGCGCUUGCAAAAAAAUACUCCACAAAAAAGGAUAAAAAGGCGGUUUCCAUGUCUGUAGCCAUUCUCGAAGAAACAGAAAACAUUGCAAAAGUAAGAUUUAAGUUUUCAGAAUCGUUAUCAACAGUUGUUAUGGAGCGAGUGAAGACAGUAGCUGUAAAAAAAGAAGAAAUUCGAAAGAAGCACAUGAUGUUUGCCCAGAAACUGAAAUCAGAUAGAGACAAAAUAUAUAAUGAAACGCAGAAAGCAAAAGAACACUAUUAUGAAUGUUGUGUAGAAGCACAAUCUUCAAAACAAAAACAAGAACGUGCACCCGAUGAAAGAUUGCUGGAAAAGUUACGUAAACAAACGUUAGAUCAUGUUAUUGAGAUGAAUAAUAGCAAAAAUAUGUAUAUAUUAUCAAUAUUAAGAGCAAAUGAACACAAGAAAAAGUAUUAUUAUUCGGAUUUGCCUGCUCUUACCGAUCUAUUACAAGAACUUAAUGAGAGUAAAAUUUUUGCUUUGAAACGAAUAUGGAAUGAAUAUGUGGAUCUUGAGCUGAAUGUAUUGAGAGAUUCCCAAAUGCACUUGGAUUUAGCUUGUCAAACUAUAAAAAAUGUUGACGCUCGUACAGAUUCACAAUUAUUUAUAAAGUAUAACGAAAAAAGUUGGAAAGAUCCACCGGAUUUUGUAUUUGAGUCUUCUCCAAUAUUUGAAGACACAGGCGAAUUUGUUAUUGAUGAAAAUACUCAAGUGUAUCUGAACAAUCAGCUUUCUAAAUCAAACCGCAAAUUACCCAAUCUAAAUUCAACAAUAGAAGAAAAGAGUAAACAGAUUGUCGGAUUGAAAUCACUAAAAGAAGCUUAUGAAAAUAAUCCUAAACUAGGUGAUUCCGAAGCUGUAACUGAUAAUUUACACGAGGCAAUUCGAGAAGUCACCAUCUUGGAGACUUUACGAACAACCUGCCAAACAGAGGCCGCAUUUACUAUUCCAACAACAUGUGAUUUAUGCCAAAAUACAAUUUGGGGUAUAGCGAAACAAGGAUUUACGUGCAAAGAUUGCGGCUAUAAUUGCCAUGCAAAAUGCGAGAUGAAGGUGCCUCCAAAUUGUACAAAGAGGAAAGGAGAACUUAACCGUGGUACAAUAACAAGUGGAACAUUUUCAAACAUAGUAUCUCCUUGGGGAACCAUGUCUGGCAUAAGCUCCAAUAAUCGCGUUAUCGGCGAAACAGUUUCAAAUAUAUCAUCAUCGUCAACAAAUGAUAAAGAAGAAGGAGAGACAUGGAUAGCAACAGUCUUGUAUGACUAUGCUGCUGAAGAUACCGAUGGGUUGAGUGUCAGUGCUGGUGACGUUAUCACAGUUAUAGAACCAGAUGGUAAUGAAUAUGGAACAGGAUGGGUCAAGGCAUUACAUAAUGGACAAGAUGGAUUAGUUCCAGCAUCUUAUAUUGAAUAUCAAACUUCGGAUAGUAAUGAUUAUGUACAAGCAUUAUACGACUACGUUGCACAGACUUCUGAAGAGAUAUCGAUAAGAGAAGGUGAUAUAAUAUUAAUAACAAAUCGGGAUGUUGGUGAUGGAUGGUGGGAAGGCACAUUGAAUGGAGUGACAGGUCAGUUUCCAGAAAGUUAUGUAGGCCCUUUAGAAUGA